ACAGAGAAAAGUUUACACGUGGUCACUGAGCCAGUGACGCCAUUGCCGGCUUACCUGGAGUCACGAGGGGAUGGGAAGGGCUUGAGUGAGCCGGAGAUCUCCUGGGGUCUUCAUCAGAUUGCGAAAGCCUUGAGUUUCCUGGUCAACGACUGUCACCUUGUCCAUAACAACGUCUGCCUGGGCGUGGUUUACGUGGACCGUGCUGGCGAGUGGAAGCUGGGUGGCUUGGAUUACAUGUGCUCGGCCCAGGGGGACAACCCUGUACCACGGAAGGGGGUUCCCGAGCUGGAGAAAUACAACCCCCCCGAAUUAUCCGACAGCACCAAAAAUGUUGGUGAGAAAUG